UCUUGCAGGAUAGGUGCGGGGGUGAGGGGUUGUCACGCCUCAAGAUGUGGAGCUGCGGGCGGAGACCGAGCAACCAUCUCUCGAACAUGCUUCACCAUAUCCCGCAUUGAAAUCGGCAACACAUAAACGUCCCCCAGCCGCCAAAUCCAACCUCUGGACGUAGCACCAACAUGGCUACGGGCAUCGAAAUUGCAGGUCUCGUGCUGGCUGCCCUUCCGCUUGCUGUCGAAACCAUCAAGUUCUAUGUCAAAGGUGCCGAAACAAUGAAGGAGAUGCGGCACCAUCUACCAGUCUUGAAAGAGUUUGAGCGCGAACUCGAUAUGGAGCACGCCAAGUUCGUCGACACAUGUUACCACCUUCUUGGGAACACAGUUGCACCCAAGGAUCUGUCGAGCCUCAUGGGUGACCCCGGAGGAGAUCUUUGGGAAGCCGAGAGCCUACAAGCGAAGAUUCGCAGUCGACUACCCAGUCACUCCAUCGAACCUUUCCUAAAGGCGAUCGAGGCUAUGAAAACGGUUGUUGAUGAGCUAAAUGAGAAAUUCGGAGUGGACAAAAGCACGUCCAGCAAGCGCGCUUUGAAGCGUCUGCGUAAAAAGUUUACGCUAGUUGUGUUGAAGAACCACCGUGACGAGCAGCUUUCACGCAUUCGCAGGAUCAACCAUGACCUAGAUAAACUCGUCAACGGGGGUCGGCAAUGGUUCGAUCAAACGUCGACUGCGCGAGAUGGAUCAACCACGACUCGAUACAAUCGCAUACGAAGCCAUGCCACCGCUCUUUACACCGUUCUGAACGAGAAGCUGCAGACUCCACAUUGCACAUGUCCAUCGUCCCACGACAUAAACCUACAGCUGGAGACGCGCAGGGGCGAGACUUUUGGACCAAGGGAACCGGAUCCGAGGUUACGAUUCAAGUUCAUUUUCUCCUUUGGUCCCGGGUUGGAUGACGUGCCGUCCAACUGGAGAAAACUGGAAUUAGAACAUCUCGCCGAGAAACAUCAGUCCGGCCCGCCGAACGAGGUUGUCGUCAAUCCCGACGGAGACCAAGAUUGUCGAUACAGUUCGAUUCCCACCAAAAACUCAAUAUCCACUGUAAAGGAUGCUGUAAAACAUACUGGACAGGGGCUUCCGAGUCCCACGGCUGUGGAAGAGCGAAAUAAUGUGACCAGCCCUCCCGAGCGUUCGAAACGAGUUAGGUUUCUCGGAAUUUCCACUGCGGUCGUUAAAAAAGCAUUAGGCUUCAGCCUGAGUCCCAAGAGAACUCCGAGUCCCUUGAACGCAGCGGAUUGUUCCGACGAAUGUACAGAUGAUCUUGCUCGGACCGAAAUUUCGGCCCCUGAAAAGCCCGAAAUCCUCAGAACGGACAUAAUCCGUGACUUCUGCUUCACCAUACAGGAGGCCAAAUGUGCUCAGUCUGACUUGGGAGUCCUUAUCGAUGGGAUGAGAAAAAUGCACCGUGUCUGGCUGCCCACCGGUCCAUCGCUCUUGUCCCAACCAGCGACAACAGUGACACUGGAGACUCUCCUCUCCAAACGACCACCACCUGCGAGGAAAGAGAGGUUGAUGCUGGGGAUUAAGCUUGCGUCAUCAGUCGUUCAACUGCACGGCACCGGAUGGCUGAGCGAGGGGUGGAGCAAUAAGGACAUCAUAUUUCUCUGCGACGAGUCAGUAGUAGACAACAACCUUAAAGCAUUGAUCGAACAGCCUCUGGUGCGGCGGAGCCUCCACCCUUUGCAUCCGUCGGAUUCCGCCCAGAGAUCAGGAUCGCGGGUUGUGAGGUGCAACAGAACACUCUUGUCUUUGGGCAUCGUCCUUUUGGAACUCUGGUUUUGGGAGAAGUUGGAAGAUCUCCAUAAACGCAGAGAGGGUGGUGGAGGGACCACCGGUAAUACCGACACGGGUGCGUAUGCGAUCGCCGACGGCCUCAUCCCUAAACUGUACGACGAUGCCCUCAACAUUUAUGGCGAUGCCGUGCGCCGGUGCAUCCGCGGGCUAGAUCAUCGCGAAAUAACCUUGGAAAACGACGAUUACAAGAAGGAAGUUUGUCGGGUGGUGAUCCGCCCGUUGGAGGAACACUUGGCUCUCUUUUGUUCUUAGUUGCUCAUGGCUACCUAUGUCUUUUUUUCUUGUUUUUUUUGCAUAGCAUCGCAUCUUGUAGUGUGGAGUUGCGGAAUGAUGAUGGGCGUACUUCUCCGUAUAGGGUGAUCUUUCAAGCUGG